AUGUUGCACCCCACUGGACCCCUUCCAUAUGCCAUUGAAUAUGCCAAAUUGAACCGAUCGUAUUGUAAAAAAUGCAAGAAGAAUAUCGGAGAGAAUUCUUUACGAAUGUCACUGAAUCAACAGUCUACAUAUUUCGACGGAACCAUUGAUUCAUGGUUUCAUUACGAAUGUUUCUGGCAAAAUCUGGCUCGCAGCCGCAAUGAUAUAAAUAUCAAUUCAAUCAGAGGUGUCGAUUGGCUUAAUUGGGAAGAUCAAGAACUUCUCCGCAAUCGAAUUCAAAAAUUCAGAGAACCAGUGGCGCAUUUUAUUUCUGUCAAUUAUGAAAAUGUGCUGUUUCUUUCUUCCUUAAAAUCUGAGAGCUCAUUAACUAAUCGAGGGAAGUGUAUUAAAUGCUCAGCUAACUUCGAAAAAGGAGAGAUGAAAGUGAUUUUCAAAAGUAAAUAUAUCCAUUUCAAAUGCCACGCGGAGAGCUUUGACAGAAUCGAAGGGGAAUUGGAGCAAAUUCCGGGUUGGAACGAUUAUGAAGAGUGCUGGAGAGAGCGUGUCAUCGCAAGUUAUGCUGAAAUUUAUGCGUCGAAGAAAGGAGAAAAGACGAAGCCGGUAGAAGAAGGAUCAGAAAAAAUAGCACAACCAGAAUCUUCUUCGUCUACUGUAACUGUCGAUAAUGAUAUGACCAUCGUCCACGAUUUAUUGAUAAAUUUAGAAGAUCCUCCAGAAAUUUUUCUAGAUUUUGAUGAUGGUCCAUGCUCGUCAACGAGCACUAAGAAACGUGCGGCUGCUGAGGAAAUCGUGGAAAUCAAUCCUAGUGAAGAGGAGAGGAAAAAGAGAAAAUUGGGAAAGGCAGCGAAAAUGGCUGAACUUCAGAAGCGCCGUAUGAAGACUCAAGUCGACCAACUGUGGGAAUGUCGUCAACUUCUAGAGAAACUAUCGCAUUCGGAGAGAUUGGCUCUGCUCGCCAUAAACUUUCAAGAAGUCACAGAGGGGCAUGAUCCAACAUCACAACUGAUUGAUCGAUUAGCAGAUUAUGCUGUUUUCGGAGUGCCGAUCGCCUGUUUGAAGUGUACUAAUGGAAACAUUGUCUACAACUCAGCACGUCGCGCGUAUGUCUGUACUGGAUAUGCGACAGAGUACUCGAAAUGCACUUUCGAAUCGAAGAAUCCAGUUAGAACUCCUUUCAAACCAACUGAUCGUCUUCUUGAGAAAUGUUCUGAUCAAAAAGUGGUCUUCAAUGCUUUCGCUGAACGUCUUUAUAUAGAAGAAGAGGAAGACGAGGAAGUCGUUAAAAUACAGAAGAGAAAAUCGAAAGGAGGACUUCGUGGAGAUGAAUUCAUUUAUGCAGCUGAAGCAUUAGACUCGCAGAAUGUUAUUCCAAUUUCCACUAACGGUGACGCCGUUAGUAACACUCAUAUAAUUAAACACGGAACUGUUGUUGAUGCGAAAUUCCCGUAUGCCAAUAAAUGCCACGUGUUCAAAAAUGAAGAGGACGGAUCACUCUAUCAGGCGACACUCUCAUUCACUGAUGUCACACAAAACAAGAACUCGUAUUACAAAAUUCAGUUGUUAAAAGAUGAUAUCUUCGAGAAGUACUAUGUAUUCCGAUCAUGGGGCCGAGUGGGUACCGAUGUUGGUAACCAUAAGUUCGAGGGCUUCGAUAGAAAUGGAGCGGUAGAGGAGUUCAAGAAGAUUUUCAGAGAGAAUACGAAAAAUAACUGGGAGUAUAGAAAGCAUUUCCGUAAAAUGCCUGGAGCAUUCAGUUAUGUCGAAACUGAUUACUCCGAAUUCGCUCACCUCGAACAAGACGUAAUUCCUGGUUCCAAAACCAAGCUUCCUCCUUCUGUCAAAGAAGUUGUCAUGUCGAUUUUCGACAUUGAAAAUAUGAAAUCGGCUCUGAAGUCUUUUGAGAUGGAUGUCAAUAAAAUGCCACUCGGACGUCUCUCACGAAAUCAGAUCAAUCUGGCAUUCGAAGUGCUCAAUGAUCUCAGUGAACUUCUCAUAGAGUUUCCGGUGAAUAACGACAAGAUUCUCGAUUCCACCAACAAAUUUUAUACGAUUAUCCCUCAUAACUUCGGAAUGAAAGUGCCGGAGCCAAUUGACAGUAUCCAUAAGGUCAAGGAGAAGAAUAACAUGUUGAACGCACUUCUGGAUAUAAAAUUCGCUUAUGAUCAAAUUUGUGGAGGAGAAAGUCCGACUAUGGGAACACUUGGAGUGGAUCCAGUGGAUACUAAUUAUCUGAAAUUGAAGUGCGCUAUGACACCUCUCGAUAAACACUGCUCUGACUACCAGAUGAUCCAUGAUUACUUGAAAAAUACUCAAGGAUCGACACAUGAAAUAAAAGUGGAUUUGAUUGAUAUCCUACAACUGAACCGAGAGAGUGAGUCGAAGAAGUUCAAGGCAAAUAUCGGAAAUCGACGUCUACUCUGGCAUGGUUCUGGACGAAUGAAUUUCGCUGGAAUUCUCGGUCAAGGUCUUCGUAUCGCGCCUCCAGAAGCACCAGCGUCUGGAUACAUGUUCGGAAAAGGAGUCUACUUUGCCGAUAUGUUCAGUAAAAGUUUCUUCUACUGCCGAGCGAAUUGUCAUGAUGAAGCGUAUCUUCUGUUGUGUGACGUGGCACUCGGAGAAAUGGCUACAAAGUUGGAGGCGACAACAAUGUCGAAGAGCACACUGCCAAAAGGAACUCAUUCGGUGAAAGGUGUCGGCCGUGAAUGUCCCAUUGAGAGCGGAGACUACCUUCAUCCAGAUGGCUACAUUAUCCCGAGAGGCAAAAAGCACUUCCAGCUGCAAGGGGCUCAUGGUAAAAACUUCCACUUGCUAUACAAUGAGUACAUUGUAUAUGAUGUGGAUCAAAUUCAAAUGAAGUAUUUGGUUCGUGUCAAAAUGCAUCAUGCUCGCCAUCGCUAG